GGCUUUCUCUUCGCGAAUCAUCUCAAAUUUUGAAUCAAAACACUGUCAAGCCGUAAGCAUCAAUAGUCAACAAAGUUCAGAAAAAUCCGUGAAUCGUCCGUCUCAAACCAGAACCAGAUUUCCUCCGGGUGUUCUCUCGUUUUUAAAGCGCACUUUCUUUUCAACUGUCUCUUGUCUGUAUUUUUAGUGCUACCUCUGCUAAAAAGCAUUGAUUCAGUGAAAAAAAAAAACAGUUUUCCUAGUGUGAGAGAGAUCAGAAAUCAAUAAGAUGCAACCGGAAGGGGCGGAUCGCAAGACUGGAGCGCCGAGCAUAAUCAUCAAGAUGGAAGGAGACCACCAAAGUGGUGCCAUCAGUGGCGGUGCGCCCAUACAAGUGCUCCAGCUGAAUCAGGCUUUGCAGGAUCACGGCAACCAGCAGAUGCUGCUGCAAACUCUCCAGCAAUCUCUGGGGGGAAAUGCGGUUAGUUCCGGCGCUGGUCAACAGGUUCAGGUUGUUCCAAUAUCGUCACUACCCGGCCAAGGAUUGAUGGUGCAAGCGCAGGCAGUUCAGCAAACGGCCCAACCCCAGAUGUUGCAGUUCACCUUGGACGGGUCACAGACGUUCCUCUACCAACCGGUUCAACUUCCGGCGGAAUCCAUCCAGAACGUGAACAUCAACGGAAACAUCGUACAGAUUCCGAACCAAGCGAUGACAUCGGCGACCGGUUCCGCUGGAGCGGCACCUGUGGUGAUGCUUGCGGCAGCUCCACAGGACCAAAGCGGAAUGGCCACCGUGCAAAAUCCGACCGUAUUCGCUCCCGCUACAUCCUCUGCAGCACCCGCUAACCUACAACCCGGCGUUAUCAAAGUAGAACCCGGUACUUCUGCACCGGCGGCAGCGGUCGAAACCAUCCCAACCAUAACGGCCAGUGUCGUCGAAUCGGAAGAGGAACCACUGUACGUGAAUGCCAAGCAGUACAAACGGAUUUUGAAGCGGCGACAGGCCCGGGCCAAGCUGGAAGCGCAGGGAAAGAUUCCUAAGGAGAGGCCUAAGUAUUUGCACGAGUCGCGCCACAAGCACGCCAUGAAUCGGGUUCGCGGCGAGGGAGGCCGGUUCCAUACGAAGAACGACGAUUGAAGAGAAUUAGGAUUAGUUGGAUAACAUGUUGUCGUGUUACUUUAAGAUUAGAAAGUAAAUAAUAAAGUGUGCUUGAUUGGAUUUUUGACGAGUGAGUAA